AUGCCCUCGGGUUACCACCAGUUCUCCAUCAAAGAAGCCGACCGCCACACGUCGGCCUUCAGAGACGCUCGUGGGCGACUGUACGAGCUCACGCGUUGCGACUUCGGCCUCACGACGAUCCCCGCCGUGUUCUCGGCCCACGUUGGCGACACCUUUGUCCCGGUCGAGAACAAGGGCGGCGUCCAACGCUGGCUGGACGAAAUGCAGAGCGCCACGCUGGAGGGGCACCUCACCCUCAUCGAGGAGGUUUUGGACCUUCUCUACGAGGCGGGGUACUCGGUGCACUUCAAGAAGUGCAUGUUCUGCAUGUCGGAGGUGGAAUUCCUGGGAGCCAUGGUCGGGAGGUCGGGCCACCGGCGCUCCACCCUCGUCACUGACUGCGCCGCCCUGACCUGGCUGUUCACCAGCCAGAACCUGUCUUCCAAAAUCCGCCGGUGGGCGCUGCGGUUGAUGCAGUUCGACAUCGAGCUCAGACGGCGGAAGGGCGAAGACCACACGGCGCCCGACGCGCUGUCGCGCCUGCACCGCAAAGGAGCACCAGAGCCGCCCGUCGACACAUUCUUGCCUGACGACAUCUCCCGCCCGGUGAGCAACCAGGGCCUGGUGGGACCAGUGCUCGACAGUGUGCCGCUCCGGACGUUGGCACCUCCGACGUCACGGGAGGAGACCCACCCGCCGCCCUUCAACGCGACCGCGGAAAUUCGGGCAGCGGUGGAGGACGAGAAGGUACUUGACGGCGUCUCCCUUGUUGCGCUUGGACUGACCGAGGUAUGCCACCAGCCGGCGGAGCCGCUAACCGUCUUCUUUGCCCCCCAGCUCACACCGGAGCUCCUGGAAAGCGACGACUGCCGCCGCCUCCUGAGCUGCGAGAACGUUCGGACCGCCCUGGUCCCCCGGCUGCCCCGAGCCGCAGUUUUGGGCUGCGUUGCCGGCAGAGCGCUCCUAGCGCUCGAAGGCCGUCUACGAGUCGACGCCGCGAUCGAGCCGGACUGGACCACGCUGGAGUGUGUGAGAGUAGACAGCUGGAAUAUAGACGUCCGACUAGUCCGAACUCCACCUAUGGCCGCCGCUGCACGCAGCGCUACGGCCCUCCACCGCCGCGGCGACACGGCGGCCACCCAGGCCGCCGCCAUCGUGGACACCCUCACCACCUCCAGGGCGAAGCUGCUGCUCCUGGAGUACCCGGCGGAAUUCUCCAGGACACCGGUGUGGAAGGACCGCCUGUGA